GCGCGCCUCCUGUGGGCGUUCCCUAAAACAGCCAUGGAAUGCACAUCUCUCGUGCUCUUUUCCACUCUAUCUCUAUAUUUCAUGGCUGCUCAUAGCUUAUCAGAGACGGAGUCUCUCUUGAAAUUCAAGAAAUCUCUUGUUAUUGGGAGAGCAGGUGCCUUCGAGAGUUGGGAUAGAAAAAAUCCUCCGUGCAAAUGGACUGGUGUCUUAUGUCAUAAUGGCUAUGUUUGGGGGCUACGGCUAGAGAAUAUCGAGCUCCAAGGCUCUCUAAACAUGGAGGCGUUGACGGGUUUGAAGUCUCUGAGGUCUCUCAGCUUCAGGAAUAACAAACUUACAGGUUCAUUUCCGGAGUUCAAGAAACUAGGUGCCCUGAAAUCAAUUUACUUGUCAAACAAUCAAUUCGAUGUAAAGAUACCGAGGGAUGCAUUUGAUGGGAUGGGAUGGUUGAAGAAACUCCAUCUCGAACACAAUAACAUUGGUGGUGAAAUUCCAGCAUCCAUCGCCGAAUUUCCCAAGCUUUUAGAACUUAGACUCGAUGGGAAUCGUUUCACAGGAGAAAUACCCGAAUUCACACAUAAACUACACAGGUUAAAUCUUUCAUACAAUGCAUUAUCAGGUCAAAUUCCAAACAUUUUCAGUACAAUGGAUAAACAAAUGUUUGAAGGGAACAAAGGAUUAUGUGGGAAACCUUUGAAAACAGAUUGUUAUUCUCCUUACAACCUUUCUCCAGAGCCUAAGGAAAACUCCAAGAAAAAAACAUCAAAGUUUUUGUACAUUGUAGCCGCGGCAGUAGCAGCAAUAAUAGCAAUACUCAUAAUUCUUGGACUAAUCAUCAUGUUAUGCCAGAGGCGAAUGAACAAUCAGCCAUUGUUGUCACCAGAACCUGGACCAUCAAGUUUACAAAAGAGAGCUGGAAUACAAGAGGGUGAUAAGGGACAAAGUAGUUGCCAUUCAAAAAACCGUACUGCAAAAAGGAUGAUUAAUACCACAAAAUUGUCAUUUUUGAGAGAUGACAAGGAAAAAUUUGAGUUGCAAGAUUUAUUGAAAGCAUCUGCAGAGAUUCUAGGAAGUGGGUGUUUUGGAGGAUCAUAUAAGACAGUUCUUUCAAAUGGAUUGAUGAUGGUCGUGAAAAGAUUUAAACAUAUGAAUAAUGCAGGAACUGAAGAGUUCCAAGAACACAUGAAAAGACUAGGGCGGUUAAAGCAUACAAAUUUGCUACCAAUUGUGGCUUAUUACUAUAAGAAGGAGGAAAAACUUUUUGUUUGUGAUUUUGUUGAGAAGGGAAGCUUGGCUGGUCAUCUCCAUGGUCAUAUAUCAUUAGGGCAGCCAAGCUUGGAUUGGCCAACAAGGUUGAAUAUUGUGAAAGGUGUAGGAAGGGGACUUUUAUACCUGCACAAAAACCUACCUAGCCUAAUGGCGCCUCAUGGUCAUCUAAAAUCAUCCAAUGUUCUUCUCAAUGAAAAUUUUGAGCCUCUUCUGACAGACUAUGGCUUGAUCCCAGUGAUCAACGAAGAAAGCGCACAAGAGCUCAUGGUGGCAUACAAAUCGCCAGAGUACUUGAAACAAAGUCGCGUGACAAAGAAAACUGAUGUGUGGGGGUUCGGUGUACUAAUCUUAGAGAUUCUAACAGGUAAACUCCCUCAAAGUUUUCCGCAAUUUGAUAAAGAAAGUGAGGAGGACAUACCAAGUUGGGUAAAUUCGUUUUUCCAAGGAGAAUGGACGCAAGAAUUGUUUGAUCAACAAAUGGGAAAAACCAACAAUUGUGAAGGAGAGAUUCUCAAACUCUUAAGGAUUGGAUUGGGUUGUUGUGAAAUAGAUGUGGAGCAAAGGUUGGAUAUAAGAGAGGCUGUCGAGAAGAUUGAAGAUUUGAUGAAGGACCGAGAAGGAGACGACGACUUUUAUUCAACUUAUGCAAGUGAGGCUGAUGGGAGGUCAUCAAGAGGAGUGUCAAUAGAGGGAAUUAAUUUUCCAUUAAAUGAUACAAGUCAUCAAUUAAACUUUUCAUGACAAAGAUUUUGAGGACAAUUUUUCUUUUUUUCUUUUUUGUCUCAAAACCGUAAUUUUCUUGGACGUCGAACCUCAACCUGUAGAAGCCCACGAGAGUCUAAAACCGUUUGCUUAUGAGUUAGCGUGUCAUUUUGUUGUGUAAACUAUCUGCAAAAAACGGAAACAUUCUCCUUUGAAACAAUUACAGAAAAACUACCAGAAAGGACAUUUCCGAAUUACGAUUGUACUCUAAUUUUUUUACUACUUAGAGAAUUUAUAAUGGUAAAAACUCCAAAAAGAUCUCAAACAAAAAACAAAUUAUUAUUUUAAUGUAAUUAUAUUUUAUGUUUUAAUUUUAAUUUAAAAAGAAAAUUUAAAGCAA